CACACACACACACAUGCUCACCGUGUUCCUCAAAAACCCUGAAUGACUCUCAUUUCAAUCAUGAUGAUGCAGCUGCUUUGCCGAAACACUGAUCCAAAUGAUCUUAAUCCACAUGAUUGUCUGAGAAUAUCCCACCCAUGACUUGUCGUCAUGUCAGUGAAAGCAAAAGCUACUUUGACAUGAUUCCAGCUCCACCGAGUGUAAAUUAUUCCUUAACCUGAGAUUUGGCUCUACAUUCUACUGUCAUGUUGAUAGAGACCGGUAGAAGUGAUCCUUUGACUUGCGAUCCUAAUUAAGCUAAGCAACAUCUGUUUGGAUGUAUUAUCCUGUACCUGCAAAUCUCAGUUUAGCAAGUCAAAUGAUGGAUGCUAUCCGAAUGAUUCUGACUUGCACAGAGAUGUUUGUUUAAGAUAUGGUAAAACAGUAACAAGUUGGGAGUGGGAAGUGCAUGUUUGAACCACCCAAUUCCCAUAUGAUCCUUAGUACAUUCCUCAUUUUAAUAAGCUUCCAAGCCCAGCCAUCAUAAUAGCUGCAGACAGCCUGUUCGACUUCAUCCGGUACUUGUUUCAAGCUAAGAAGAAGCAAGCUCAGUGAGGUCAUGGAGGUGGGCGAAUGGAAAGGCAGCUCAGCUCAGAUCACUCUUGUACUGUUGUGGCCACAGGUGAGAAAAUGUUUUCGUCCCUUAGGCUGUUGUGUGGCAAUGUCACACAACCCCAAUGAGGUUUGACCCAUAAUAGCUGCAUCUAAUCGCAGGGUACCAGACAUGAGCACAUGUGUAGGACAUUCACAACCUCUUCUUCCCCCUACAUAUAAUGCUCUUUCCAAUAAAUCUGUUCCAAAUGCACCACUUCCCAAAAUUCCAACCCACAUAUCACUUCUUUAUUGCCAUCCCCUGACCCUCUCUUUCAGAAGCUACCAAGAAGCAGAAACCCAAUUCCGCAAGGGAGGGAGGGAGAAAGAGAGAGAGAGAGAGAGAGAGAGAGAGAGACGCAGCUGCUGCUUUAUAUAUGAUCCGAGACCUCCUCAGCUGCAUUCGGCGCCAUGGCCAGCCGAUGAGCAUAGCUCCUCCUCCUUGGUGUUGUGCCCCUCGUCUCGCGUAGAACCACCUGCUUCUCCUCCACGGCCGGAUCGAUGGUGAUGCCCAGCUGCGAUCCCAACGACCUCGAGGGCAGCACGCGACUCAUCGAGGACCUCACCGCCAAUGCCCGUCAGGUCCAGCAGCAGGUUCUGAAUGAGAUCUUGACGAGGAACGAGGGGACGGAGUACCUACAUGGUUUCCUCCGUGGCCACAAGGGCCGUGAUCUCUUCAAGAAGAAGGUGCCGGUGGUGGAGUACGAUCAGGUCAAGCCUUACAUCGACCGUCUUGCCAAUGGGGAGCCGUCUCAGAUCAUCUCCGCCCAGCCCAUCUCGGAGCUGCUCACCAGCUCUGGGACUUCUGGCGGGCAGCCCAAGAUGAUGCCUUCCACGGACGAAGAACUGGAUAGGAAGACCUUCCUCUACAAUCUCCUCAUCCCUGUGAUGAAUCAGUACGUCGACGGGCUGGACCAAGGGAAGGGCAUGUACCUCCUGUUCAUCAAGCCGGAGAUCAGCACGCCGGCCGGCCUCACCGCCAGGCCCGUGCUCACCAGCUACUACAAGAGCCGCCACUUCCGGAGCAGGCCCUUUAACAGGUUCAAUGUCUACACCAGCCCGGACGAGGCCAUUCUCUGCCCCGACAGCAAGCAGAGCAUGUUCUGUCAGCUCCUCUGCGGCCUCGCCCAGCGCGACGAGGUUCUCCGAGUAGGCGCCGUCUUCGCCUCUGCCUUCCUCCGCGCGAUCAAGUUCCUCGAGGACCACUGGCCGGAGCUCUGCUCCAACAUCAGAACCGGGACCGUCAGCGACUGGAUCACCGACGCAAGCUGCCGCGACGCCGUCGGCAGAAUCCUCCGCGAGCCCAACGCGGAAUUGGCCGACGUGAUCGAGUGGGAGUGCAGGAGGGAGCCCUGGGAGGCGAUAGUUAGGCGGCUAUGGCCGAGAACCAAGUACGUCGACGUCAUAGUCACCGGAUCGAUGGCACAGUACAUUCCGCUGCUGGAAUUCUACAGCGGCGGCCUGCCAUUAGUCUCCACCAUGUACGCCUCCUCGGAGUGCUACUUCGGCAUCAAUCUGCGCCCACUGGACCUGCCAUCGGACGUCUCCUACACUCUCCUCCCCAACAUGGCCUACUUCGAGUUCAUCGAAGCCGACAAGACCGAGGGGGGGGAGACCGGCAGCGUGGAGUGCAACUACACCGGCGAUCUCAUCAAGGUGGUGGAUCUUGUGGAUGUCGAGGUCGGCCGCUACUACGAGCUCGUCGUCACCACAUUCACAGGCUUGUACAGGUACCGAGUUGGCGACAUCCUCAAGGUUACGGGGUUCCACAAUGCUGCACCGCAGUUCCGCUUCGUCCACCGCCGCAACGUCGUCCUCAGCGUCGACACCGACAAGACCAACGAAGAGGACCUGCUGAAAGCCGUGACGCAGGCCAAGCUCCUGCUGGAGCCACUCGGCUGCCUCCUCACAGAGUACACCAGCUACGCCGACACCUCCUCCAUCCCCGGCCACUACGUGCUCUUCUGGGAGCUGAAGACCAAAGCCAGCUCCGAUCCUUCCGACGUCGACUCAGCCGUGAUGGAGGACUGCUGCUCCACCAUCGAGUCGUGUCUCGACUCCGUGUACCGGCGGUGCAGGAGCAGGGACCGGUCCAUCGGGCCGCUGGAGAUCCGGGUGGUGCGCUGCGGCGCCUUCGACGCGCUGAUGGACUACUGCGUGUCGCUGGGCUCGUCGGUGAACCAGUACAAGACGCCCAGGUGCAUCAAGUCGAGGGAGGCGAUCCAGCUGUUGGAGGAGAAGGUGGUGGGGAAGUUCUUCAGCAGGAAACUCCCCUUCUGGAAGCCCUACACGAUGAUCGAAGCCAAGGCCGGUUGAUCCAGCACUGAUGCCACCAUCCCCCUCCUUCGUUUACUGUCUCCAUGUGUAAUUCUUGUCCAAAGACCACUUUGCUUUAGUGACAGUACUGUACUUUUAUUCCUACUAUCCGAUACACCGGACCGAUGAUUAAUGAAUUCAAUGAUCGAUCGAUGGGGUUCA